GUAAAAGUGAGGUUACGAAUAAAGUGACAACACAAGUUUGCAUCUCUAGUCCGGGAAAUCCUCUUUGUCACCUUCUAUCAAUCCCUGUUGCUAUUCGAAAGAUGUUCUCAUCAAUCCGGAGUGUGUCGAGAAUCUAUCCUGCCCUGAGACAAGCAGUUUUUCUGCAUAAAAGCACAGAAAUCCCCAAUGUUUACAUUCAAUCUCGGAGCAUUUUUCUCACCCAGAAAUGUGCCAAGAGCAAGGACAGAAAGAAGGAACAGAAGAAGCCGGGAAAAGUGGAAAUAAAUGAGGAUGUCCUUCGGGAACACGUCAAAUAUGACGCUUUGUUGGGUCAAAUGCAGAAAGCCAUUGAAAAUCUCAAGGAAGAAUACAUCAAAAAUAUCUCACUGCGCUCCUCAACCGGUGCCCUGGAAGAGCUCAAAGUUCGCGUGGAUGGGAAGGACCACAAGCUACAGGAACUUGGGCAGAUCAUAAGGAAGAAUCCCCAAGUGAUUGUGAUAAAUUUGAGUGGAUUUCCACAGACAAUCCCAGCAGUUCUGGCCACCCUGCAGAAGAGUGGCAUGAACCUCAAUCCUCAGCAGGAUGGCACAACGCUCUUUGUCUCAGUGCCUCCAGUCACGAAGGAGCACAGAGAGAAUCUGGCCAAAGGUGCCAAAGCACUCUUCAUCAAGUGCAGAGACACAAUCCGAACUGCCCAGAAUGACACAGUGAAAAAGAUUAAGAAAUCAGGGAGUGUUAGUGAGGAUGUCAGCUUUAGCAUCCAACAUCAGGUUGUGGCCAUUGGGGACAAAUUUGUUGCAGAAGCAGAAAAAAUUCACGAAAUUAAGCACAAAGAAUUGUUGGGUGAGAAAAAAUAGCCCUAAGAUGACUGAAAAAUUGUUCAAAUUAGACAGACUUCCAAUAAAAUUAUUUUUAUGCAAAGUUCAAAUGCUCUUCAAGUGAUAAGCUUGAAA